UCACUUCCGCCAACUUUCCCUAGUAACCCCACAUGGAAACCAUUCUUCCUGUGUUUUGAGUUUUGGCGGCCAUCGUUUUGUGAGACCUUAAACGACUUUUGGGAGGCAAACGACACACGCCGCCAUGAAGAUUGAGGAGGUGAAGAGCACCACGAAGACUCAACGCAUCGCUUCUCACAGUCACGUCAAAGGACUCGGCUUGGAUGAUGCCGGCAACGCCAAACAGACAGCGUGUGGUUUGGUGGGGCAGGAAGCUGCCAGGGAGGCUUGUGGUAUUAUUGUGGAGCUGAUCCGCUCCAAGAAGAUGGCAGGAAGGGCAGUUUUACUGGCUGGACCACCGGGCACUGGAAAGACGGCGCUGGCUUUAGCGAUUGCACAGGAGCUGGGCAACAAGGUGCCUUUCUGCCCCAUGGUGGGCAGCGAGGUCUACUCGUCGGAGAUCAAAAAGACAGAAGUACUGAUGGAGAAUUUUAGAAGGGCCAUAGGACUGCGCAUCAAAGAGACCAAGGAGGUGUACGAGGGCGAGGUGACAGAGUUGACCCCCUGUGAGACGGAGAACCCUAUGGGCGGCUACGGGAAGACCAUCAGCCACGUCAUCAUCGGCCUGAAGACGGGCAAGGGCACCAAGCAGCUCAAGUUGGACCCCAGCAUUUACGAGAGUCUCCAGAAGGAGCGCGUGGAGGUGGGAGACGUGAUCUACAUCGAGGCCAACAGCGGCGCCGUCAAGAGGCAAGGCCGCUGCGACACGUUCGCCACGGAGUUCGACCUGGAGGCUGAAGAAUACGUGCCGCUGCCCAAAGGCGACGUGCACAAAAAGAAGGAGAUCGUGCAAGAUGUCACGCUGCACGACCUGGACGUGGCAAACGCCAGACCGCAGGGAGGACAAGACAUUCUGUCCAUGAUGGGCCAGCUGAUGAAACCUAAAAAGACAGAAAUCACAGACAAGCUGCGAUCAGAGAUCAACAAGGUGGUGAAUCGCUACAUCGACCAGGGUGUUGCCGAGCUGGUGCCCGGCGUGCUGUUUGUGGACGAGGUGCACAUGUUGGACAUCGAGUGCUUCACGUACCUCCAUCGAGCCCUGGAGAGCACCAUCGCCCCCAUCGUGGUGUUCGCCUCCAACAGGGGGAACUGUCUCAUCAGGGGCACGGAGGACAUCAGCUCGCCGCACGGCAUCCCGCUGGACCUGCUGGACCGAGUGAUGAUCAUCCGCACCAUGCUGUACACGCCGCAGGAGAUGAAGCAGAUCAUCAAAAUCCGCGCCCAGACCGAGGGGCUCGUCAUCAGCGAGGAGGCGCUCACGCACCUGGCGGAGAUCGGCUCCAAGACCACCCUCAGGUACGCGGUGCAGCUGCUGACCCCCGCCAGCCUGCUAGGCCGCGUGCAGGGCAAAGAGUCGGUGGAGCGCGAGCAGGUGGAGGAGAUCAACGAGCUGUUCUACGACGCCAAGUCCUCCGCCAAAAUCCUCCAAGAUCAGCAUCACAAAUUUAUGAAGUGAAAAGUGUGUUCAUUUGCUCUUUCUUGUUUUUCUCUGACAAAUAAAAAGAUGUACGUA